UAGGAGAGUAGUAAAAUAUGACUUAUAACAUAGGCCAUGGACGGAGAGUAAACAUAAAAAUAUAAUAUUAAUGGAGUUUGUUCAGUUGUUUUAUUAAAUAAUUAAAAAGAAACGUUGGAAAAACAAUGGUUGACUGAGAGAAGGCCUAUGCGAGUGAGAACAGCUCCUGUACGAAAAUGGCAGCGGACCGAAGAACGGGCAUUGAUUGAUUAUCUUAAGUCAAAUAUAAGAGACUUUGAGAAACCAACAGCUCAGGUUUUCUAUAGGAAAUUCAUUGAGGAAUAUCGCAUUAGCGAUAUCGAAUGGAAGUUGGUAAGGGCUAAGGUAAGAAAUAUGAGAAUAUCUUAUGGCAAAGCUAAGCAAUGGCUGGAGACGCAAGGUUCAAAUCUAUUGCAUACAGGAGAAAAUGUACAAGAUAUGUUAUAUAAAAUGUGCUCUUUCUAUAAUGAUUUCGAUGAACUAUUUGAAAAUCCAUCUCGUGCCGAUAUAUCCUCUUAUAUAUUGGAUAACUCUACCAGCAGCAGCGAUUUUGUUAAAGAGGAAAUGUUGAGCGAUACCAAUGAGGAUAUGUUGCCAGCAGAAACAGAUAUUACAAGAAGAGAUUACCUAAAUGAAGGCAUAUCAAACGAGGAAGAGAUCCAUACAACAAAUUCUGUAGAAUCUCAAGAAACUCUAAGGCAAUUUAAGAAAGUAAAACUGGAUAUGGCGCAUUUAUUAAAGGAAGAAGAAUUAAAGCUGCUAAAGGAAAGACUAGAAUUUGAUAAAGCAAAAUUCAAGCAAGAAAUGGAAAUAAGGCAAAGAGAAAUCGAUAGCAAUGAAAGACUGAAGAUUUUAGAAUUGGAGAUGAAGGAAAGAAUAGCAAUGAGCGAGUUAAAGAUGAAGGAGAGAAUAGUUCUCAAUGCUUUGGGAGGAAAAAUGUAAAUGCAUGCAUUCAUUGCGGCAAUUUCACAAUUUGGACUACACUCUGUUCCUUAAGGGAAUGUCUGUGGGUAAUUUUAUCUCAAAAUGUUUAGUAUUAUCUAUUUAAUAAGUUUUAGUUUAUUCUAUUUUCAAUUAACAAUAGUUGUUACUCUUAUAUGUUAUUAUUGUAAGACUACAAAUAUAAAAAUUUCUUAUGUAAAUAUAUUCAAUGAUCACC